UCGGCCAGCCACGUUCCGCCCGGUGUCGCUCUUCGUGUCAGUUCUUCAGCCCAACACCACUUUCGUGGACAUUUUUCGACUUACCGGCCCUUCGCGAUGGUGUGGAAGACCGCUCUGCUGCUCGCUUGCGCCUGGACAGUGUGCCAGGCCGGCGAAAAGGAUGUCCUCGAGCUCACGGACGACGACUUCUCCACCAGAAUCGCUGAACAUGAAGUCGCCGUUGUCAUGUUCUACGCACCCUGGUGCGGCCAUUGCAAGAGGAUGAAGCCUGAGUACGAAAAGGCGGCGCCGACGUUGCGUGCAAACGACCCGCCCGUGACCCUGGCCAAGGUGGACUGCACAGAGGCCGGCAAAGAAACUUGCAGCAAGCACGGCGUCACUGGUUACCCCACCAUCAAGAUCUUCCGCAACGGAGAGGUGUCGCAAGACUACAGCGGGCCCCGAGAGGCCGACGGCAUCGUUAAGUACAUGAAGUCGCAGGUGGGCCCCAGCUCGAAGGAGCUCGCCAACGUCGCCGAUUUCGAUAAGUUCACCAGCAAGGAGGAAGUGGUCGUGGUCGGCUUCUUCAAGGAGGACUCUGACCUGAAGAAGGCCUUCCUCAAGCUGGCCGACGUCCUAAGGGAGAAGGUCACCUUUGGCAACUCCGCUGACGAGGCUGUCCUGAAAAAGGCUGACGUCAACGAUGGCAUUGUUUUGUUCCGUCCUAAGCACCUGGCUAACAAGUUCGAGCCCGCAACCGUCAAGUACGAUGGAGCAGCCAAUAAAGACGCCAUUGAGAAGUGGAUAAACAAAAACUACCAUGGUCUGGUUGGACACAGAACCAGAGACACCUCCAAGGACUUUGAGAACCCACUUAUUGUCGCUUACUAUGCUGUUGACUACACUAAGAACCCCAAAGGCACAAACUACUGGAGAAACCGCAUCCUGAAGGUGGCCAAGGAUCACACAGAUUUCAACUUUGCAAUCAGCGCUAAGGAUGAUUUCCAGCAUGAGCUGAACGAGUUUGGAAUCGACUUUGUGGCUGGAGACAAGCCUCUGGUGUUCGCUCGCGACGCUAAGAACCGCAAGUUUGCCAUGAAGGACGAGUUCUCCAUCGAGAAUUUUGAAACUUUCAUUAAGGACCUGAAGGCUGACAAGCUGGACCCGUACCUCAAGUCUGAGCCCAUCCCUGACGACAACGAGGGCCCUGUCGUGGUGGCCGUGGCCAAGAACUUUGAUGAGGUGGUUACCAAGGUGGACAAGGACGUUUUGAUUGAGUUCUACGCUCCCUGGUGCGGACACUGCAAGAAACUGGCCCCUACCUUUGACGAGCUUGGAGAGAAGAUGAAGGGUGAGGACGUGUCUAUCGUGAAGAUGGACGCCACCGCCAACGACGUGCCAUCAACAUAUGACGUCCGCGGCUUCCCUACCCUGUACUGGGUGCCCAAAAACAACAAGGACAGCCCUGUCAGAUACGAGAGCGGACGUGAGGUGAACGACUUUGUUGAGUAUAUCGCCAAGCAUGCCACCAACGAGCUCAAGGGCUACGAUCGCAAGGGCAAGGAAAAGAAGAAGGAGGAGUUGUAAAGCGGCCGCUAAGUGCCGAGAAAGACUCAAACUAAUUGUUUUGUCCGCUCUGCAUGAUGAGAUGAAUACUGUCUUCUAACGACUCCUGCGAAAAUUGUUGAUUGUGUGCUGUUUGAAUGAUGGUUGAAGAUACAUUUGCGUUGUUCCAUUCGAAUUUCUUUAAAAUCGCCUCGAGGAAUUGCUCCAUUCCAGUUUCUAUUUAUUUCCGCCAGACUAAGCCACUGCGCUUGGUGCUCUUUUGAAAUUUCAAAUAUGCAUUUUCUGUACGUCCUCGGAUCCGGUGUGAUUGUUACUUCUGUUUUUCUUUUAUUGUCUGGCCGUGACUUUGACAAAGAUCUGGUUGUGGGGAUAAUCAUAAAUAGCAAUUGAUUUUGAUUAAAACUAGAGGUUUUUGAUAAUAAAAUGAGAAAAUCGUAAUGUCUAUCAGCGCAAUCCAGAAUUAAAAGUCUUUUGAUAGAGUAUUAAA